AAGAAUACUGUUAAAGAGUUAAACUAAAAUUAUAUACACUUUGGAAUGUCACAUUCUCCAAGUAGAUAUUUGUGUUCAUUUUGCCUAUUUCUUGUAACUUUUUCGUUUAGGAUACGGAUGAAAGUGCAAAUGAGGAAGAAAAACGUUCAUCAAAAAAAAAGAAAACGAUAGCAGAACCAGUUUCAGUACCACCUCCUACCAUUCAGCAACAACCGCUAGUUGAUGCAUCGGCUGAAUCAAAUCAUGAAAGUGAAGGUGAAGCAAAAGACAGUGAUAAUGCAGGUGGUGAUUUACCACUAACAACUUUACCUACUCCUAUUGUCACAAAAGCAAAAAAAGCAAGAAAAGCAAAAAAGAAGAAAACAUCGUCGAGCAGUGUAAGCCAGGCCACGGAUUAA